AAACGAGUGAUUACAUUAGAUUAUUCAACUGAUGUUGAUUUUCCAGAGGUUUCCACCACAAUGGAUAAAGGAAAACAGUAGAAACAUCUCUGAAAUGGGUUAGGGUUCAACAUAGGUGACAAUAACUGUUUAAAUUUAUUACUUAAAAGUGAAAGAUGAUGUUUGUUUAUAACAAAAAAAAAUUGAAGAAAUUUUUAUUUCAGCGUGGAGACUGAGCAAAUAUAUUGAGUUUUUCUUCAUAUAAAAAUUAAUGCCACACACACCGGUAAUGAUUGUCGAGUGCAGAGCAGCUGGCAGCCUGUGGGGGGCAGACAAGAACCUCUUGUGAAGCCUUUACGUGAUGACGUCAGACGCAUUCUUAAAAAGAAGCGCGAGUUAAGAAAACAUACAAGCUUGUUUAGCUAAAUUUUCGAUACCUGACGCUGUUAGAAAUAUUUCCGUGCGACGAUGUCGCUACUGAAGCCAUUUAAUAAACUCCCUGGCCUAAACACGGCGAAUAUCUUGCUGGUAGAAAAUGAAGAGCAAUUUCAGCAGAGUUUAGCAGAUGCUCUUGUGGAGGAGACCAGCAUCAUUGUGAAUGUGAGGCUAGCUAGGAAUCUUCCUCUGCCCAUGGAAAACGAGGAAAGUCGUCCAAGAAUUGACCUGGUGGUGUUCGUCAUUAAUCUCAACUCAGAGCUCAGUCUCCAGUCAGCAGAUGCUUCCCUAAAAUAUCUGGACCCUGGAUAUUUCCUUGGAAAGGUCUGCUUCAUGGUCACUAAGGCCCGUAACGCCUCGGUCCCAAUAGAACGCCUGGAUGCUGUCAGAAAGCUGGCUGCAUCACUCCACUGCCCCCUGUUGUUUGCAGAGGAUCAGACACCAGAAGGUGUGACCAGCGCUGCAGAGAGGCUGUUGAUUAUUCUGAAGACGGCAGCCGGCGUUGUUCCCAUCACCACUGCUCUGUACCUGUCAAACUUGACCAGAUGCACUCUGCUCCCAGACAUCGACCAGCCCAGCUUUGAUUAAGAUUGAAGAGCAAAAUGUUAACAUCUGAUUUGUAAAUAUGUGAUAUGAAAGAUCUGCCGUGCUGUUAAAUAUCAGAGGACAUAUGAAUGGGGACCGAAGAGGCAGAAGUGUGUCAUCUGGAGUGACCAGAGGCACUAUGCCAGUUAUAUGUUUGCGUGUACACCAAGACACACACUAAUAAUAGUUAGGCUAUCAUCCUGGCAGUUAGUCAUCAUGCAGGAUUGGUAAUCAGUCUUACGGCCCUCGUUUCCCGGCAGAGCAGCAGCUGUCUGUGAGUGAUGGAUUAACAUUGUGAGAGUCCUUGUAUGUGAAUGUGCAGCCAAAAAAAACACACACACACACUGCUAAAAGGGGAUGUGAUCAGAUGAGCUGCAUUCAUCAGUCAGUUACUGUUGGUGUUAUGUGUUAACAGGUGUCACUUCAGUUGGUAUUCCUGGCUCAGUCUGCUGUCUGACGAAACAAAACAGUAUACUGUACAGAAAGUACAGUAUGUGUGAGCAGAAAUAUCAGGAGAGAAGCAGUUUACUGCUGAAACUUCAAAAGCAGAAUGCAAAUUCUUAUUGCUAUAAAUAUUCACUGAAAUACAGACACAUGCUGCCAGUCUGUCUGAAAAUACUGGGCUAUAAUUUUUUCCAUACUGCCCAUCUUUAAGGAAAAAGAAUUGUAAUAUAAAGCUUUCUGUGUAAAAGUUGGGAUAUUAUGUAAAAUGUAAAUAAAAAGGUGAUGUUUUGAAAAUCUCAUAAGCUCAUAAGAUGUUUAACUGAGACAUUUUACCCUAUCAUGAAAAAUAUUAACUCAUUUUGAAUCUAAUGGCAGCAACAUGUUUAAAACAAAAUUUGGAUCAGGGUGAUGUUUAGCAUUGUGUAGCAUUCCCUCUUAAUAAAUGCCUGUAAACGUCUGAAAAUGUUCCUGAACCAUGCGGUGAUAUCCAGUAGAGAACGGUGUCUGUUUUUAAUGCAGUGCUGCCUGAGGUCCCAAAGGUCACAAACAUGUAGUUUUGACCUUCAGCCCUUUCCCCUGCCUACAGAGAUUCCACUUGAUUCUCUGAGUUGCUUGAUAUUAUACACUGUAG